GAAGAAGAGCACAAAAACAAAUAUGGCCGCCUCAGGCUGCAGCUUUACAGAAAACAGGGUCGGCGCGAUAUUUUAAGACCCGACGGAGGAAUAAAGCUCUCGCUGCGACAGUUUUUUAGAAACUAUAUUAAUUUAAAACAAAAGGGAUUUAUCUCCCGAGAGCAGGAUGGCUACAUCCAAGAAAGCCACGAAGAAGGAGAAAAAGAAAGCGCUGCUGGUGAAAGCGGUCCUUAACAACCCGUACGACGUAAAGUGGAAGUCGUUAGAAAGUGGGAACGCGCGGUUGAUCCUGAAAACGGUGACGGAGAAACUCGAUUCGCUCGGUCUCCGGAAACAACACGGGAAAGUUGUUCGCAAGUGGAGAAGCAGAAGAAAGGCCAAGAAAGGAAAUUCGGAUUCGGUGGACACCAAUGAACCGAUUCAGGAAUCACAAAAGCGACGCGGUUCAGAUUCAAUGGACAUCAAUGAACCGAUUCAGGAAUCACAAAAGCGACGCGGUUCAGAUUCAGUGGACACCAAUGAACCGAUUCAGGAAUCACAAAAGCGAGGCGGCUCAGAUUCAGUGGACACCAAUGAACCGAUUCAGGAAUCACAAGAGCGAGGCUGGACUGAUAAACACUUGAGAAACGAGCUCGCCAUCGGCAUCAACGAGGUGACUAAAGGCUUGGAGAAGAACGAGCUCGGCCUGGUGCUGGUGUGUGAUUCGGUGCAACCCCUCCACAUGACGAGUCACCUCAUCCCACUGAGCCAAACCCGCUCGGUUCCCGCGUGCCAGGUCCCGAGUCUGAGCACGAGUCUUGCGUCAUCACUUGGUCUCAGCAGCGUGCUCGCUCUCGGUUUCAAACGCCAAAGCGGCGCGUUCGCGGAUAUGAUCGCAGCCCUCGCGCCCAAAGUGCCGCCCCAAAACGUGGCUUGGAUACCUGCAGGGACACGUGCGUCUGAACCGGAAGUAGUUCAAGUGUCAGAAAAAACCGAGGAAUCCUGGAGGGUGAGAAAAAGAAAACGUGAGGAUUCCCCUGAUGUUCAGAAGGAUCAGGUUCCUUCACUGCAACCUCUUCAAGUCAAGAGGAUCAUCCCAAAUCCUUCAAAAAUCCGGAAGCCCAAGAUAAAGAAAGCAAAGCAGAAAUGAUCAGGUCACCAAACCUGAACAUGUUUCAACUCUUGGCCUCUUUGGAUUAAUAUCACCUUAUUCCCUUUAGACAUUUUCAUGACAUCACAAAAACAUGAGACCUGAGCGUGUACAAAAGUCCAAUUAAGUUAAGAACAGAACCGAGAACAUGAGCAUGGACACCUGAGGAAACCACAGUCCUCGCCACUCAUCACUUUCUUACCAUACCAUACAAAACACCACACAAGCUUGUUUUGAGAAUGAAUGAGUGAACGAGAGAGUUGUUACAGGUUCAGAUGAUUUUAUUCUUAUUCAAAUAUCCAUGCUGGUAUUCAUUGAUGUAUCUUUAACAAUCAGAUAUUUGGGUGGCCACCGUGUUUGACAUGGUGCUGGUACAACUUUUUUUUUUGUUUAAAGUUCAUUUGAAGUUCACACGACCUGCAAUGGAGUUUAAUAAAAAUCUUCAGAGAAA